GUUGGCUAUAUUAAAGGAGAGUUUUUUGUUGUCUAAAAUUUAAACAUUUAAUACUUUGAGUAUUUUGUAAAUCAAUGUAGAAACUUUACAUUACAUUAGUAGCACAAAUGAACACCCGACGUGUAACUGGAAACACAAGAUUGAAACAUUUAAAAAACGGAUCUAUUGAGCAAUAAACAAAAAAAAUUAUUUAAUGCAGUUUCGGUUGAGUGGACAGUUUAAGUAUACAUUGCUAGAGAAAAUUGAUAAGGCAUGACAUCAUCGAUUAACAUUUUUCGAAUAUAUUUUCUUGAACCCAUCCCGAAGUCAUUGAAGAGUUUUCCCACAAAAUGUGAACCCUUUGACUUGCCUUAACACUGCCUUUUGGGCUGCAGUAAACCUUUAAACCGCUUAAACCUUUUUCAAUAUUCUAAUAAUGUCAAUUAAACGGCGUACCCAUGUGUACUGUCAUGGCUAUUCACACAGCCGUAAUAUGCGCUUAAAAGCGUAGUCAGAGUCUUCUUCAGUUUGAAAUUGUCCGUUCAAAUGACAUGUUUGUCGCACUGAUCCUCGGAAUAUUUGUGCUGGGCUCCCUCCAGGUGGAGGCCAAGUUCAAGACCCUCAAUUGUGUUACCUUCGAUAAGGACAAUGAGUUUUUUAUGUGCAAAAUAAAGGCCAUCAAUCGGAAACAGAACUCGAUUAACAUUGGGUAUCGCAUUAAAAAAACAGCGGGAAGUCAGCUAAUGAUUCGGCUGGAGCUUUUCAAGCGAGCCAAUGGCUGGCGUCCUUUUCUAUAUAACAUCACUCUGAAUGUAUGCGAAUUCUUUGACAGCGUAAAGAAUAAGAACAGCCCCAACGGCAUGCUCUUUAGCUUGGCCUUUUACUAUAUCAAUCCUUAUCUGAAAAGCCCCAUGAAGUGUCCCUUCCGUGAAAAUAGCACGGUGGAGAUCAUGAACUUUGUGAGUGAUGUGAAUAAACUUCGCACUCGUUUUCCCAUCGAGAACGGCGAGUAUGCUGCUCAGUUCAGUGUGUAUUACAAAAGGAUUCUAAAGUACACAAUUAAUGGCUCAUUGGAGUACCUUAACUACAGAGAGUACUAAAUGAAAGAACUUCAUGAACAAAUAAAUUACAUUUAGGA